UCCAAGUCGAUUCUGUUCAUUGUUGUCAGCUUAACGUUUCGAGGCGUAGCCAUUCGCAUCCACUGACCUGUUAACACACCAAUCCACGCCAGCAGUAAACGCUUCAUUAUCAUUGGCGCCGAAGCAGACAUCCAAGACUGGCGCCCGGUGCUCGUAUGUGUUGACGAGAGUCGCCUCACCAGCUCCACCUGCGAUGUCGUAGCAAUACACCUUCUUAUCCCAUGAUGAGACAAGGAGCUUGGUUCCAGAGGACGGCGCAAACGCGAUCGCCGAGACCGCGUCGGUUGGGGGCGGUGAAAGUUCGUACUGAGUCGCUGAAAAUCAAUUAGCAAACAUUCGCAACCUGACCGCAGGUACAGCAGUUUGGAACUUACCAGGAGCCAUGGCUGAGUAUGCUCUUGUCGACAGGCUUGGUGUUGAUGAAGUUGUUUACCUUUGGUUCAGUCACGUGGAAAGCUCCCAUCAUGGCAAUGAAAGUCAUGGGCGGGCCACCUCAGGCGCAGCUGGCGGCAUUAUGCCCGAAUUUUCAGGUACUGCCUCCACCGUCACUGCCACUACCAAUGGAACGAAAACGAAUGAGCAUGGGAACGAGCCACACCCCGCCACAACCCCACCAUCAUCAAUCGAGUGCACUUGCAAAAUGUCAAAAUUAUGACUCUUCCCCUCUACAUCCACUGUUGACGUGACGAUUUACGACUUGAUCGCACGAGAAUCACUACCGAUACUAUCGCAGGAAUAAUUUAUCAAAAAUUAGACUUUUGGCUCUUUUUGAAAGCCCGACUUGCGAUCGUUCGUGCGACGGCUCGACAUCGAUAAAACCCCCCACCUUAUUCUACAGAAACCCGACCGAACCCUCUGAAACCUCAACAACACCGUUAAGAUGGCUCAAAAUCAACAUUGCCGUUUUUACGAGGAGAAGUACCCGGAGAUCGACAGCUUCGUCAUGGUCAAUGUCAAGCAGAUCGCCGAAAUGGGUGCCUACGUUAAGCUUCUAGAGUACGACAACAUUGACGGCAUGAUCCUGCUUUCUGAGCUUUCGCGAAGACGUAUUCGAAGUAUUCAGAAGCUCAUUCGAGUCGGUCGCAACGAAGUCGUCGUGGUGCUCCGUGUCGACAAGGAGAAGGGUUACAUCGAUCUCUCGAAGCGACGAGUCUCCCCCGAGGAUAUUGUCAAGUGCGAAGAGCGAUACAACAAGAGCAAGAUGGUCCACUCUAUCAUGGUGCAUCUCGCCGAGAAGACCAAGCUCGAUAUCGAGAGCCUCUAUGAGGCCAUUGCUUGGCCCCUAAACAAGCGAUACGGACAUGCUAUCGACGCUUUCAAGCUUUCCAUCACAAACCCCGAGGUCUGGAACGAUAUUACCUUCCCCAACGAGGUGGCCAAGGAGGAGCUCAAGUCAUACAUCGGAAAGCGUCUUACUCCUCAGCCCACCAAGAUCCGAGCCGAUAUUGAGGUCACUUGCUUCGGGUACGAGGGAAUCGACGCCGUCAAGACUGCUCUCCGCACAGCCGAGGCCCACAGCACCGAUGACACCCAAGUCAAGGUCAAGCUCGUCUCUCCGCCUCUCUACGUCCUCACAUGCUCGACCUUGGACAAAAACGUCGGUAUUACUUGCUUGGGAGAGGCCAUCGUCGAUGUCCGAAAGAGCAUCGAGGGUGCCGGUGGUAACUUGACAGUCAAGAUGGAGCCCAAGGCCGUUACUGAGAGCGAUGACGCUGAGCUGCAAGCAUUGAUGGAGAAGCGCGAGCGUGAGAACGCCGAGGUCAGCGGUGACGAGAGCAUGAGCGACAGCGACGAAAACAUCCCUGAGACCAUCUAGGUCAUGGACAGACGAAGAGUCUCCAGGUCAGGAUGAGUCGGCAAGACUGUUAGAGCCAUGCCAAAGUACCCGCGCACGAGCGGGUUGUUGGACACGGAAAAGGGUGUAAUAGAGGGCGUCUGGGAGGCUGAAAGGAAGCAUGUAUCCCGGAGUGCACAGCAUCACUAAAAGUCCAGACUUUCAUGUAGUUCUUCCGAUGGUAGGAAGUGGCGUCUGAAACGGCGUUGAUAACGAACAGUUCUUUGAUUACUCGAGAUACCGUCUCUUCAUUGCAUUGUGAUUACUGUGUUUUUGGCUUGUUUCAGUGGGACAUACUUAAG